GCCACCUCUCGUCUUAUCCCCAAACACAACACUCCCCUCCCUCCCCCACGAAGCAGCGAGCAUGUCGCCGGUCACCGCGCUCCUGGCGGGCACGGCCGUGCCGGCCGCCCCGGUGCCGGCGAGGCCCUCCCGCCCGACCGUAGGCUUCCCCUCGCUCCUCGGCGGCGGGCGCGCGGCGCUGGCGGUGGAGUGCUCGUCGCGGCCGCAGAAGAAGGGGACCAAGCACCACAUGAAGACGCGGCCCAAGAAGACGCAGCCGUGGGACAUCAAGCGCCGCCCCACGCAGUACCCGCCGCUGCCGCAGCUCCCGCCGGACUGGACGCUCGUCGCCUCCAGCGCCACCGUCGACGCGGAGCAGGCGCCGGCCCCCGUCCUCGAGGUGGCCGCAGCAGCCGCCCCCGCCGCUGCGGACUGAGGCGGUGAUAUUGCCGGUGCCUCCCCUGUAUUUUGUUCCCUUUUAACUCACCGUACGUGGUUUCCUUUGAGAUUAUGAUCAAUUGCUGCCCUCGUUUGUGAUUAGAAAUGUGGAACCUCGAAUGCUAGUCCAAUCCAAGGCUGUUACUGCUUUCAAUUCAGUGCCUUUUUCUUGAUGUCA